AUGAGAAUCCUGGUCUGCACGACGGCGAUCGCCCUGCUGGUGUCGGCCGCAUGGGCGGAGGAGGUCGAGAAGACAGCUGAGAAAGCGGAGGUCUCGCUGGAGGAGAAGCAAACGUCGAAGAAGCAAGAGAAACGCGGUGUGUUGGGUCUCGGCUACGGUUACAGCUACGACGGCGGCUACGACAUCGGGUCCGGUGGACACGGUGGAUUGGAAUUGGGCGGCGGUUACGGUAACCUGGGCCUGUCAGGUGGUUACGGUGGACAUGUUCUGGACCACGGUCAUCACGAGCACGUGAAAACCGUGACCGUUGUGAAGAACGUCGCUGUACCGUACCCGGUCGAAAAACACGUGCCCUACCCAGUGGACAAACCCUAUCCGGUACCCGUCAAGGUCCCGGUACCGCAACCGUACCCGGUAGAGAAGCCCUAUCCGGUCAAGGUUUACGUCAAGGUUCCGGUACACAUACCGCAACCGUACCCAGUCGAGAAGAAGGUCCCGUACCCCGUCCACGUACCCGUCGAUCGUCCAUACCCCGUCAAAGUACUGGUACCGCAACCGUACCCGGUUGAAAAGCACAUCCACGUUCCAGUCAAAGUACCAGUGCCACAACCGUACCCGGUAGACAAGCCAUACCCAGUGCCAGUCAAGGUUCCGGUUCACGUACCCUAUCCGGUAGAGAAGAUCGUCCACGUGAAGGUUCCGGUCGACCGUCCGAUCCACGUGCCAGUAUACAAGCCUUACCCGGUGCAUAUCGAGAAACCAGUACCCUAUCCGGUCGAGAAACAGGUACCUUACCCAGUCAAAGUACCAGUCGACAGACCGUACCCAGUCCCAGUUGAGAAGCCAUACCCAGUGCCGGUGAAGGUCCACGUUCCGCAACCGUACCCAGUCGAGAGGCCUGUACCCUAUCCAGUUGAGAGGCCCGUACCCGUCGAAGUUAAGGUACCAGUGGACAGACCAUACCCGGUUCACAUCGAGAAACCAGUACCCUAUCCGGUCGAGAAGCCUGUACCCUACCCAGUCAAAGUACCAGUAGCGGUUCCAGUUCAUCACGAACAACACGGCUACAGCAACGACUGGCUCGGCAGCCAUGGCUACCAUUAAGCGACGAAAAAUGACCCACGUCGAUUCGUGGUCGCCUCUGAACCGGACCAAGGUGACCAGGUGUGAUAUCGACGAUUUUUAGGAUA